UCACAGGGUGAAUAACCCGCCAACAACAUGUGUUCCCUCUUAAUUCUGACAGGGGCAGCUCAGAUGCACUGAGUCCUAUAGGCUGUAAUGCUACACAGACUUUGCUCUGUUUGACUCUAGCUGAUCUCUCCAGCUGAAUAUCUGCCACAGCUCCCUGCUAUCAUCUUCACCACAAGGAACACGAUUUCUUCCAGCACCAGUGUCAUCUUGACCAAAGAGGAAACCAACAAUGUCCAGGAUCAUGAAAAUGUUUCUGCUCUUGGCUGUCAUGGUCUGCAUCUCUGAAGCCCAGCAACCAGCACAGUCCUGUAUGUGUCAGCGUGUGAGGAAUGCUAUUGGCCUGACAUCUGAGAUACAGGACAUCAAGAUCAAUGAACCAAACCCCUCCUGUGACAGAGUGGAGAUUGUCAUCACCAAACACACCGGCCGUCACUACUGCCUGAACCCCAGUUUGAAGGAUAUGCAAAAACUCAUGGCUCGACUGAAACUCUUAACCACAGAAGGACCAACCAGCCCAUAGCCUACAGACAAAAGAAUCUGUUGGAUUAGCAUGAAAAAAAAAUGUUCAGGUAC